AUGCUCUCAUACGGUGAUAUUACUCUUAGAAUUCUAAACUUUAUGUUCCUAACUGUCACGUUGGGUCUUACAGGUUCGUUAGCUGCAACCACCGUUACCCGCCACAACCCACAGGUUUCUUACUGUGUCUUUGCGGCGGCCUUUGGUAUCUUGACCUCGAGUUUCUAUGGUGUGGCUGCCUUUUUCAUCUCCUUCCUUGCAUCUCCUCUCUUUCUUGCAAUCUUUGACUUUAUGAACUUUGUGUUCACCUUUGCCGGCGCUACCGCAUUGGCAGUUGCUACCAGAACCCACUCCUGUACCAACCAAAAGUACUUGGACGAAAACAAGGUCACCCAGGGUUCUAAGGACAGAUGUAGAAAAGCACAGGCUUCCACCGCUUUUCUCUACUUUUCUGUCUUUGUUUUCCUCUUCUCCUUGGUUAUGCAAUGUUUGAACAUCAUGAAGAAUGGUUUCCUUGCAGGCAGCUCUCCAAAGGUUCCAAGAACAGGUGUCCCAACUAUGGCCCAAGUUUGA